AUGGUGCAGCGCGGCCCGCGGGGCCGGGGCGCGGAGGCUCGGCGGGAGCCCUGCGCCCCGCUGCCCGCCCGUGACACCGAGCCCGCCUGGUGCAAGACGCCGAGCGGGCACAUCAAGCGGCCCAUGAACGCCUUCAUGGUGUGGUCCCAGCACGAGCGCCGCAAGAUCAUGGACCAGUGGCCCGACAUGCACAACGCCGAGAUCUCCAAGCGCCUGGGCCGGCGCUGGCAGCUCCUCCACGACUCCGAGAAGAUCCCCUUUGUCAGGGAGGCCGAGCGCCUGCGCCUCAAGCACAUGGCUGACUACCCCGACUACAAGUACCGGCCUCGGAAAAAGGGCAAGGUGGGCACCGGAGCAGCCCGCCCGCGGCUCCCAGUGAAGAUCAAGCCCUCGGUGUUGGGCCGUGUCUCUGGCAGCCGCAGGCAGCCCGCCAAGCUGCCCGCCGGCCCCGACACCCCGCAGGAGCCCGCAGCAGAGGUGCCCGCUGAGGACAGCCCUGUGGUGCCUGGCACGGCUGCCUGGCACCCGGCACCCGACGGGGAGCAGAGCCCCCAGGAGCCCCCUGCACCCCUGAGCCCUACCACACCCUGCCCGGAGCCAGGGCGGUCCCCAGAGAGCGGGUCCCCCUCUCCCAUGUCGGCUGGGUCCCCUCCCUCUUCCUUCAGCUCUUCUGACGAGGAGCUGGAGGAGGAGCUGCUGGGGAUCAUGCCCGGGCGGGCGCCUGCCAGUGCCACCUGUGGUGCCCUGGACUGGUCCGUCUUCGACAAGGACCACGACCUCUACCCGCGGGGAGGCUCCUCGCACUUCGAGUUCCCGGACUAUUGCACGCCCGAGGUGACGGAGAUGAUAGCAGGGGACUGGCUCAUGUCCAGCAUCUCAGACUUGGUCUUUACCUACUGAGUCCCACGCUCUGCAGGUAACACUCAUUUUUAUUUUCACCCACAAUCAGGUCAUAUCAAAAAAACAACCCAGGAAAAAAAAAACAAAAACAAACAAACCGAAACCAGCUGUUUACAUGCAGGAAUCAGGUAUUUUGCCUUGAAGCUGCUGGAAGGCAGAGCCCCUGCUCCCCCCAUCCCCUGGCACACACCCAUUCUCCAUCCGUCUGUCUGUCCGGCUCUCGCCUCGUGCCCGCAGGACGCAUGGCCGCCCGCUGCGGUUACUUGCCCGUGAAAUGCAUCUCAUCGGGUUUUCAUUGUCACACCCGGCCGCUUUCCCCCACGGCCCCGGCGCUGACAGCCACGGCUGCUCCCGGCCGCUCCCGUCUGUGCCAGCACCGUGUGCCCUCCCGCUCUCCAGGAAGCAGGAGCAUCCACGCCACCCCAGCUCUCGGUGCCCGCCCCACCUUCCCCAUCCCUCGGAGAAUGGCUGAUUCCGUUUGCUUUUUGACUGCAUUGAACGCAUGGCUUCAAUUUUCUCCUCUUCCUCUUUGCAGCCCUUGGGGAGGGAUGCCGAGCCAUGCCAAACUGUCCCUUCCCAACUCCCUGUUUUGUGAGGGGUCCCUGGUUUGGGGGUGCAGUGUCCCACAGCAGUGACUCGUUCCCGGUGGCGUGUGCUCCGCGCCACUCGCUUUGGGAAGAGUGAAGUUGCGCACACGUGACGAGCACGUGGGCGCGGGAGGCUGUGUUGUUUCUCUCGCCAGGCAGUUGUGCAGGGAAAGCUGUGCCACCGAGGGGAACCCCUGUCUGGAGUCACCCCAAAAUUGUGUGGGGACCAGCCCUUCACUAAGCAGCCAGCCCUCAUUUUAAGCUUGGAGCCCGUGCCCGUGCAGGACCUGCUGCUGUGGGCUGGCUGACCUUGAACGGCAGAGCCGGGUGUCACCGUGCCCAGCCGGGUGUCACCGUGCCCAGCCGUGGCACCUGGUGCUGCCGGGAUGGCAGGGAGCAGCGUGGAGGGGCUGGGUGGCAGCGAAGGGCAGCUGUGGGAAAUCUGCCUUAAGAAACCACCCAAAGCGGUCCCAGAGCAGCUGCAGCCGGUGCUGGUGGGCGUGUGGGUGAUGCUCUGGCACAGAGCUCCUCCACACAGCACCGCGCUGGGCUCCGCUGCCAGCCACGCCAAGAGCAGGGAGAUGCUGGCAGGGAAGAUGCUGCUGCAGCGGCUCCUCCAGCUGGGAUUUUCUUUGCUUUUCCUAAUGGCUCCUUCCUGCGCCAGCCGCCUCCUCCCACUGCCGGGAGCACGUGGCUGCAGUGCUGGCUCGGCAGCUGCCGCAGGCUGUGCUUGGGGGGCAGGGGCUGCGCUCUGGUACAGCUGUGCUGGGUGGGGACCCCACACAUCCCCGGGGACGCGGUCAUGGUUUGGGCUGGCAGCGUCUGCAAGAGCUGGACUGGGCUCGGCAGCAAUCGCUGCUUGAAGCAGCCCCUGCAGUCCCCCACGACCUCGAUUCCCCAGGGACUCUGGAUUUGUGGGGGCCCCUCGGAUCCUUCCCUGCCAGUGGGGUGCUGGCAGCAGCAGAGCACCCGCUGCUUGGGGCUCUGCCUCCCUGUUUUGGGGCUGCCAGUUCCCCCAGUCACAGGCCACCCCGUGCCUGCCUUGCUGGCAGGCUGGACCGAGCCGUGACCAGGGGAAGGACAUCCCUCCCUCCCUUGUCCUGGCAUCCCCCGAGGGUGCCUGUAGUAGGUGCCUGGCCCUGCUGCUGGAGCUGCUGCUGGCCCCGGCUCAGCCGUGGGGAUGGGCCCUGCAGCGCAGGGAGAGGUGUGUCCCUGGGCCCUUUGCAGGGAUGUUUGAUGCCCCCAGCCCAGUCCCUGGGGACCCCUCGAGGCCCCCCGCGAUGGUCAGCCAUCAGCAGUGUAGAUGUGUCGGUGUGUAGCGGUAGCUGUGCGUGUGUGUUGGCAUUAGCCACGGUGUUUCGGUAGCCCCGUGCGGGUGCCAGCCUGCGGAGCCAGGCGGGCAUCACGCAUCAGACACGUGUUCCCUGGAUAGAGCGCGUCCUCUUCUCUGCGUCCCCUCCCUCCCCGGCCGUCCCCCACCGGAUCCAGUCCCGCCCCCAAAGGUGGAAAAGCCAAAAAAGCGCCGGGACAGCCGUGAUUCUGGCAGCCUGCUCCCGCCUCACCGCCGCCUCGGGGGGACUUUGCCUUCCCACCCCCUGGGCAGCCCCGCUCCAGGAGCAUCUGAAGCCGCCUCCCAUGUGUGAGCCGGGUUUGGGGUUCCCGUGGGGUCCGGCGGCCCCAGAGCUCUCUAACACACACGGAUCUCACCCAGCACCUCGGUGCCUUCUUGGGGUGCACAGCCACCCCGUGCUGUGGCCAGGGCUUCUCAGGGAGGGCGCUGAGGCUGACAGUCACCUGCCCUCCAUCCCUGUCCAUGGGGAAGCCAAAGCCCCCAGGUACCAGCAAGGCCUGAGGCCACACUGAGGGUCUCGCGUCACACGUGUGCUUUGCUGACCCUGCAGCUCAGGGCUCAGCUUCCGUUCCUAGGGGGGACACGGGUCCCAGUGGUCCCCUACGUGCUGUGCAUCACCCUGGAGCCAGGGUGAUCCCUCCACAGACUGUCAGGCGAAAUAUUUCCUCAGGAGCAGGUUCUGGGUCGCUGCCAGAACCGGAGCCAGUGCCGGGGUCUCCUGCCCUGGCCGCAAGCACAACAUCAUCCGCUUUGUCCCCGUCCUCACCCCUGUCCCCCUCCUCGAGUCUCGCCGGGUGUGUUUGUCAGGGAGAACCGUCGUGGACAGUGGUGGAUUUUCUGUGCCGUGUGGUUGUAGUGCUUAGAGACCCCCCCAGCGUGCGGCCCCUCCCGCUGCGCCCCCGCUGCCCGGUGCUGGCUGGCGUGCGUGUGCGAGCGUGUGUGCGUGCGGCAUCCCGUCAUCACUCCAGACAAAGCGAAUAAUAAUAAUAAUAAUAAUGAUAGUAAUAAUAAAUAAUAAAAAUAAACCAAACCUCUCUCAGGAAGCAGCUGCCCUGGCGGCGGCCGAGUGGGCCGGGGGUACCCGGAGCUGGCGGGGCCCCGGCGCAGCCUGCGGACGGGCGCCAGCGCUCGGGGUCACCUUUGUAGUGUUGUGUUAGUGAAGGGUCCCUGUGUCUGUUAUCUUGGAGAAACAGGAUUUUAGCCGAGGGGCAGCGACGACCCCACCAGGGUCUGUCUUGGGGGUGUGUGACAUGGCUGGCCCUUGCUCUGCAGAACCUCGGCUAACAAUGAUCCUGACUGUUGUGAUUAUGGAAUAAAGUGUGUUGGUCUGCUCUCCACGGCUCUGGCUCCUUCUGUGCUGCCUCACUCCUCGCAGGGGAAUUUGGGCUAUGUGAGGUCUCCAGGGAGAUGUGGGAUUCCCAAUGGCCAGCAUCCAGCUUCCAGGCAUAUCAGUUCCCACCCUGAGCCCGGUUCCUAGGGGCUCUCCUGCAGCCGGGAGGUUCACUCUCAUCAGUCAGUGUGGGCUGGGCGUCCCCGGGAGCAGUGUGAGCAUGUGCACGUAUGUGCACGUAUGUGCCGUGCACAUGCAGCCCCUCGCCCCACCCGAGUGUGUGUGGGCAAUCCCGGCGCCGCCCCCGGUUCCGUUCAGCCGGGGGAGGGGGAACUGGAGAGGGAGGGAACAGGGGGUGCUAAUCCAGACCCACAGGAGGGCCCGGGGGGGGACGGGGUCACGCGCCACUUGCAUCACACGCAGACCCCCGCCCCCAGUCUCACCGCAGCUGUUGCCACGGCAACAAGAGGAGCCCAGAGCAUCCCCGGGUACCGCCAGCCCCUCCCGCUGCCCUGGCGCUGCUGGGGACCGGGCUGUCCCCGAGGGAGGGAGAAGUGCAGGGGCUGCCCAUGCCACGGUGACCCCCCAAGGCAGCAGGCUGCCCCCAGCACCACCCGGGACCUGGGUGGUACCACGGGGGCAGCAAUGUUCCAGUGUGGUGUCACUGCAGCCCCCGGUAAUGGGAUUCCUCUCUGGGCAGGGGCACGGCUGGGAGCGGGAGGACCAUGGGACAGCCACAGUCAGAGCUCACUGGCCAUCACCACUGCCCCCAUCACUCUGGUAAGGUCAGGGCCACAUGGGGCUCUUGUCUAAUGUCCAACACGGCCCACACAGGCACAUGCACCCAUUGCCACUGGCCUGCUUCUGAGUCACACGAGGCAGUGGCUUCUUGGCUACCCCAAAGGUGCCACAUACCUCCUGCCACCACUCUUCCAAAGGGCGUUCCUCCCAAAGGGAUUCAAGCACUGUUGAGAAAAUGGUUCCUGGAGAAGCCACAGGCAAUUAAAAUCAGCCAGCAGGGCUGCCAGCCUUGAGCCAUCCAGACAAAACCACUUCCAGCCUGGCCAGGGCGGCUGCACCACCCCAGCUCAGCAGAGCGUGCCCUGGGAGUCGGGCACCGUGCCCGGGAUCUCCUCCUGAGCCGGGCACCCAGCCUGGGGUACAGGGCAGCCUGGCAGGUCAGGCUAUUUCCAGCCCCACGCUGCUGAUGGGGGGGACACCCCGGAGAGCCAGAGCACACACAAGGCCUGGCACUGGCCCAGAGGGAGGCAGAUGGAUGGAGAGCAGUGACCGGGGCACGCACACACCCUUUGGCUCUGCUCCUCUUCCCACGGGGCUGCUGGGUGUGAGGCCACACUGAGCUGGCCUGGCCACUGCAGGGAAGGUGCCAGUUCUGGGCCCCAGGGUGCCACAAGAGCAGAUCUGGCAGCCCUGGUCUGUGGAGGGCAGGAAGUGUGUUUAGUAACUGUUUAUUUUACAGUUUUAGGGCUUGUAGAAAUCUGCAUUUACAGGGGGUGUAUAAGUCUUUGUACAGAGUAACUGAAGCACCCUGGUCUCCUCCCAGGCCUCUCUCCCCCCACUGGGGACAACACAAGAACUAAAGUGCAUCAUGGCCAGGGAAUGAAGGGGCUCCUCUGGGGGGCUCCAGCCAUCCCAUCCUUCAGUGUAGUGUACAGAGCAGUUCUGGGCCCUCCAGCAGCAUUCCCAGGUCACCACAUUCUCCUGCACCAAUGGUUUCUAAAGUGCUAAGUGGCCCAGCCCCCAGUCCUGUUCUGCUGCUCUGGGGAUGCCAAGGGGCCAGGAAUGGGCUCUGCCUUCAGCCACACUGGGAGGAGCCCCUGAGCAGCCCCAGGUCUCUCCAAGGCCACUGGCACCACUGAGGAGAGGAGGGAACAGGUCUUGCUGCCUGCCUGGACGAGGCAGUUUCAGUCACUGCACAUUUCACCUGCAGAGGCAAAGGGAGCUCCUGCUCAGAGCUUCCUGGGAACACAUGUCAGGAAUGAAAACUGCCCACCUGCCCUCUGGCCAGAAAGGCACAUCCCUUCCAUGAGCAAGGGCCUGGGGGCAAACCAGAACACACCCAGGGCGGUUAUGGACCAAGAUGGGUGGGAGUGGGGGGUGCUGAGCUUUGCAGGGCAUGAGUUUUCUUCUCUAUCCCAAAAUCCCUUCCACCAACACCUCCUUUUCAGGUGUGCAGCCCCUGGGCAUGGCACAGAUGGCUUUGGGCACAACAGAGCAAUGAUGGGGCAGCGGGAGGGAGCUGUGAGGGACAGGUAAGGACACUUGAGGGAGAUUUAGCAGCUUGGGGGAGAGGUAGAGGCAUAGAG